AUGGCACUCCGGCGCAGAACCUCAGGCGCCUUCGACCCGUCCCGGUCCUCCUCCGUCGCCCAUGUCCCGUGCGGCUCGCCGGACUGCCCGCUGGAAGCUUGCUCCGGACGGGGCUGCGCCAGCACCACCGUGGCCAAGAACGGCGCCGUGAUAUCGAGUGUCAUCGUCGUGACAGACACGCUCACGUUCUCUCGAUCCACGCCGACCACCGUGGAUAACUUCAGGGCCAACUGCAUGGAGAUGGGCGGCAGAACGGCUGGCCGCUCAUCCGGCCUUCUCGAUCUCGGCCGGGACAGCCACUCACUGCCGUCCCGAGCCCCUUCGUCUCCGGACACGGCGGCCUUCUCCUACUGCCUGCCGACUUUUAGGGCCGACCGGGGCUUCCUCUCCAUCGGCGCACCCCUGCCAGGCCCAGGACGCAAGGUGAGCUACACCCCGCUACGGAGCAACGCGGCCCUCCCCAACUCAUACUUCGUCCGGCUCGCCGGGUUAAGCCUAGGCACCGGUAGGCCGGUCAUCCCGGUCCCCGCCGGCGACGCGCUCAUGGCGCUGCGCACCACCUUCACCUACCUGAUGCCGGAGACCUACGCGGCCCUCCGCGGCCAGUUCAAAGAGCAGAUGGCGCAGUAUCCGGUGGCGCCGCCGAUGGGUUUCCUCGACACGUGCUACAACUUCACCGGCCUGAGGAAGAUCGACGUGCCGCCCGUGACGCUCACGUUCGAUAGCGGCGCGAGCCUGGAGCUCGGCAUCCGGCAGAUGAUGUACUUCGAGGACCGCGACUACGUCUUCUCGGCAGGGUGCCUCGCGUUUGCCGCGCCGGCAUGGGCUGUCUACCCGGCCGGGGUCGCGGCGGUCAUCGGCACCUUGGCGCAGGAGACGACGGAGGUGGUGUACGACGUUCAUGCGGACAUGGUUGGCUUCGUCCCCGACCGCUGCGAACAAUAG